UUCUGUUCACAAUGGCAGCUGCUACUUCUUCUCUAUCCGCUGAUGAGUACACUUGCUCGGUGUGUCUGGAUGUCCUGACGAAGCCGGUCACUAUCCCAUGUGGACACAGCUACUGUAUGGACUGUAUCAAUGACUACUGGGAUCAGUUGGACACACUUCAUAUCUAUAGGUGUCCUCAAUGCAGGCGACAAUUUAACAUAAGGCCAGAGCUUAACAAAAAUGUCUUGAUGGCUGAAGUUAUAGAGAACCUAAAAGAAGUGCAAACUGAUGUCACACAAUGUCAGAAUUCUGCCGGACCUGAUGAUCUUCUCUGUGAUGUGUGUCCAGGGAGACAAAGGAAAGCGGUGAAGACUUGUCUGACCUGUAUGGCCUCUUACUGCCAGACACACAUACAGCCUCACCAGGAGUUUGAAGCUCUGAAAAGACACAACCUGGAGGAGCCGAUUGGAAAACUCGAAGAGAAGCUCUGCACGAAGCAUAAUAAGGUUCUGGAAAUGUUCUGUAGGACCGAUAAAACCUGCAUCUGUUUACUGUGUGUGGCAACUGACCAUAAGAAUCAUGAUACGGUGUCACCAGAUGAAGAGAGAGCUGGGAGACAGAGUCUUUUGGAGAACAGAAAGGCAAAAAUUAAAAAAAGAAUUCAAGAGAAAGAGAAAAAAAUGGACGAGAUGAAGGAGACGGUGGCGAGUAUUCAGAGCUGUGCAGACAGAGAAGUUCAUAAACACGUGGAGACCUUCAGUUCUCUCCUUCAGUCCAUUGAGAGGCUGAGGUCAGAGGUCAUUGAGGUCAUUAAGAAUCAUGAGAGGAGGGAAGUGAGGAAGGCAGAAGAGAUCAUGGAGCAACUGGAGAAGCAGCUCAAGGACCUGAAGAGGAGAGAUGCUGAGCUGGCCAUGCUGUCACAGACAAGUGACCAUAUCCACUUCUUGAAGAAGUUGCCAUCUCUCUGUGUCCCUCCUGAAGAUAAAAACAUACCCAACUUCACUAUCGACAGAGAUUUGCUUCCUGAAACUCUGAUUAAAGACCUUUCAGCUCUGAAAAAGUGUCUUCAGGAGAUCAGUGGUUGGGAGUUUGUUAAGACCAGUGAGAUUGGGUUUAGCACAUCAGGUUUCGUUCUUCAGAAUCUGAAAAGCAGAAAUUACUUCUUGAAGUACUCCUGCCCACUCACAUUGGACCCCAACACGGCACACAAACGGCUCAGCCUCUCGGAAAGGAACAAGAAGAUGACGAGCGAUGAUGCUGAGAACAAAUAUCCCGAUCAUCCUGAUCGAUUCGACUGCCUGUCACAAGUUCUGUGCAGAGAGGCUCUGAGUGGACCUCGCUGUUACUGGGAGGUUGAGUGGAGUGGGUUCAAGGUGGCGAUUGGAGUGGCGCAUAAAGGAAUAGAAAGGAAAGGAAAGAGCGACGAGUGUCGUCUUGGAAGCAACGACAAGUCCUGGAGUCUAUUCUGCUCUGAUUCCCGUUAUUCUGUGCGUCACAGUAACAAUACUACUGUUGUCACUGUCCCCAACAGUCCUAGAAUAGGUGUGUACCUGGACCGCUUAACUGGAUCUCUGUCCUUUUACAGUGUCUCCCAUCCAAUGAUCCUCCUGCACAGGUUCGACUUCUCCUUUAAUGAGCCGCUCUAUGCAGGAUUUUGGGUUUUAAAGAAUUCCAGUGUAACAAUCUGUCCUUUGAGCAGAUCCAUAGGUGACUCCAUGUUUGUGUAGCAUAAGCUUUAUCUGUUUAUUGUAGUAAAUAAUGAUUUUGUUGUGUGUA